AUGCAGUUCAGCGGUCAACAGGUCUUUGCAUGGAUAAUUCUAUUAGUUGGCACUGGUAUACUACUUUCAUCGUUUACAUCUGAUUUCUGGUCGACACAUACACGUUUUACUCAACACGAUGCUUUGCAAAUGCAUCGAGGAAUUUUGAAGCAAUGUGUGACAACACGUUCCUAUGGAAAUUGUCAUAUGCGCUUGUCGUCGGUACUACAACGUCUACGCUGGUUCUUCGAUGAUUACGAUCUGUAUCCUAGUCGUAUGCUCGUCUAUAGGCAUGUUCCGACGCAAACGUUUGAAGUGGUGAUUGCUGGGCUGUUGAUAUCUUCGAUAGUGAUGUCAUGUGCUGUGGUCGUGACCGGCCCAUUUUGUUGCCGGAAAUGUCGUAUGUCGACGACAUUCAUCGUGCUGUUGACAGGGGUCUGCGUUGGAACUGCUUGCUUUGUGUAUUGGCAAGCCAAUCUUGAAGGGCAAACGUUUACGCUUCAACACUCUCCCAUGCACGACUUAUACCCAUAUGACUACGGUCACGAGAGGAGUAUUCUCUCAUGGUCGUUCUACAUGGCUGUAUCUAGUGCUUGCCUAUUUGGUCUUUCUUCUGUAUUGUUGUGUAUUUCAUCACGGAUUGGUGACGAGUACGGCACUGAUAUAGCUAAUGUUUGA